UUAUCUUUGCUAACGAUUCUGACAGCUAAGUUCUCGAAAUUCCACAUUUGAUAGAAAAGUGCAUCGCAGAUUCCAUGAAAAUCAUACAAAAAUAAAAUUAUAACAAUAAACAAUUAAGUUUGGAUAAACUGCAACUAUAGAUGUAAUAAGAAUGUAAUGCUGCAUUAGUUGACGAUGGAAUUACACUCCUAUGCGAAACGAAAAGUGGCGAAAAAAUGGUCUACUGAUCAGAAGCGGCAACUUGUUGAAGCUCGCAUCGGUCAUGAUGGGCUUUUCACGAACAUGCCAACCGCUAGCGUUGCGCCUUGGAAGAAAAUUGUGAGUUUGGCCAAGUUGGAUGACUACAAUGUGUUUUUUGUGCGAAAGCAAUGGUCGAAUAUGGUUAACAAAUACAAGCAAUACAAGCAAAAUCGUCUGGAUAUCAUACCGAACGGAUCCCAAGAUGAAGAAAUAGAAAAAAUCACGCAGGAAUGGGAAUUUUUCGAACCAAUACACCGCUUUAUGUCACACAAAACCACAAAUUUGCAUUCGUAUGCGCUACCAAUAACUAUACGACUACCAUUGCCGUCAUCAGCACGUGAGGAUUUACAAGGCAAUCAUAGUUCAAAUUCCUCCGCAGAUGGUCUUGACGCAUUCAGUACCGAUACAAAUGAUGAUUUGAACAACUCAAAUGACGCCAUCGAGCUUAAGAUGCAACCAAAUACUGAUCAUGAUUUUUAUACAAAGAAAAAUGCCAUGCCAUUGAAUUAUUUCGCUGAUGUAAGCAAUGAUACACAAGAAUCCAUGUUCGUAGAACAGCCUAUCACUUGCAAUGGUGUAACUGAAGGUAUGGAACAAGUAAGAUUGCAUGUAGCAGGUGAACAAAUUGUGGAAAUGAAAAUGGAACCACAAACCGAUACAGAGAAGACUGCAGAGCAAGUACAACAACAAACUUAUAUUGAUACAAAUAUGCACCAAAUGCCCAGCACAUCUGGUAGCCGCCUUAGGAAUUGUCAAAGUCGCGUAACAAAACGGCAACUUAGUGAAAGAGAUCGUUACUAUCGACAUAAGCGACGCUUUAAUCGCCGUCUGGAGAAACGUUUCGAUGCAAUUCUAAAUGUAUUUGGACAGAUAGUAAAUGCAGAGUAUCCAAAUAUCAAUAUAAGUCCUAUAAUGGGCGCAGCAAUGCAAACUGGUACGUUGGUAAAUCAACUGUUCAAAAGCGAGGAUGACAAUGAUAGUGCUGAUGAGGAGAACGAAUCCUCAACCGAUACGGAACAAAUGCAAUGUACCACCGCCGUAGCAGAUGAAACUAAUGAGGAAUUAAACAAAGAUAUACGACAAGAACACCAGUCAAAGAAAAUGUGAAUAGAAAGGAAGAACGAGUAGUAUUCAUCAAUGGAUUAUGCUGUUGAGAAAGGGAUUAUAACGUUUGAAGAAUAUAAUAGUAUUUUCGAAA